AUGGCUCCACCUCCCCCAGGUCCCGUCGGUCCUUCUUCCGCGGUUCCAGGGUCCCCACAGUCUCUUGGAUCUUCUUCCGGAAUCCAAAGACAAACAGGCCAACCGGUCUCUAUACCACCUACAGGCCCUGUUAGCCCAGCUUCUGCUAUACCAGGGUCUUAUAGUUCAUCGAGACAUCCUUAUGCUAGUACAUCACAAGUAUUGAACCCUCGUACUUCUACCAUGGCUGGUUCCACUCCUCCAUCAUCAGCUACUGCAGGCCGUGGUUAUCAAAUGCAACAUCAACAAAUAUCUUCUUCACAUUCACUAGCUCAACAACAACAACAACAACAACAACAACAACAACAACAACAACAACAACAACAACAACAGCAAUCAUCAAAUACCUCCUCUGAUCUGGCACCCAAAACUCACAGAACUGUCUCAAUGGGCCGCAAAAAGAAAAUUGAACUUUUCGAGAAAGAUGAGCCUUCAAGAGCCCUCCCCAACUACGAGUUUGAAAAACGCAAAUGGGACGCUUAUAAUGAACUGCGGCAAGGUGCAUCGUACCGCAAAGCUGCUUCUCAAUAUAACAUCUCUUACCGAUGUCUUUUUGAUUAUGCCCGUGGCAAACGCAACCGAGUAGAGAGUCAUGAGCGUUACAUGGCCCUCCCUGUCGAGCUUGAAACCGAGCUUUCCAAUCAAAUCAUGGGGAUUGUUGAGCAAACUGGUAUUUUCCCGCAACAAAAAGUAAUUAGCCAGCUCGCAAACGAACUUAUUCGACGUAGCCAAAACAAUGCGACUUCACCCGCUACUUCUACAGGCGGCCCAGGCGGCUCACCCAAAUCCCAAAUAGUGGGACCUUCCAAUUCUCCGGGUGCCGAUUCCGCAGGGUCUCCUCCUUCUUCUUCUUCUCCUUCAUCAUCAUCAUCAUCAUCUUCUUCUUCUUCCACUGCAGCCACUGGAACCGCCUCAGCUGCAAGUCCUCCUCUUCGACAAAAACCUGCUGUUUCUGAUACUUGGGUCUCAAAGUUCUUGCGCAGACACCCGGAACUCAACUAUGAGAAGCGCACAAAACGACGUAGACUCGAUGCUUGUGUUGGAACUUCUCCUGUUGUUGUUGUUGGUUCAACAGAUUCUGUUUCAGGGUCUUCUUCAAAUAGAGUACAUGCUGUUUCCAUUUCUCCUUCAUCUUCUUCUGUUGAAACUACUUCUACUUCUCCACCACCACCACAUCCUUCUCAUCAUCACCCUCAUCUUCAACAACAACAGCAUAUGGAACAUUCUUCUCCUGCUGUAAUUUCUGGUCCUACUGGUGUCAUUCAUCCUGCUCACCAAGGCCCAGCCAUACAGCAGCAGCAACAGCAACAGCAACAGCAACAGCAACAUUUGCCGCACCCAAACUUGAUGGGCGGGGCUCCGUCGCAGUACGCGCCGGGGCUUGCGGGUAUGGGGCGCCCGGUGCCCGCCACGCUACCGCCGAUCACCGGGCAGGUUCCUUUUAUUCAGGGACAUCCUCAGCAGCAGCAGCAGCAGCAACAACAACAACAACAACCGCAGCAGCAGCAGCAGCCACCACCGCAGCAGCCGCAACAGCCGCAACAGCCACAACAGCAGCCGCAACAGCCACAACAGCAGCAGCAGCAACAACCUUAUCCUCUACCACCGAUCCACUCUUACCCUCCGCAGAUGCAACAACAAAUGACUUCUCAACAGCAGCCGCAACAACAACAGAUGGUGCCAAUGUCACCAGCUCAACAACAACGGACCAUGGUUCACUAUAACAAUAAUCAGUACCAUAAUAACUAUUACUACAACCAACAACCUCCAUCCCAACCUUCUCAACAACAACAACCUCCUCAGCAUUUCUCUCCGCCACUUCCUCAACCCAUCCAGCCUAAUUAUUUCCAGGGCCCUAAUGGUGCUGCCAUACCGCCUCAGGGACACCCUUCCCCUCAGGCUUUGCAACAGGUUCCUCAGCAGCAGCAGGCUCUGCAGCACAUGCAACAGCAACAGCAACAACAACAGCAACAACAACAACAACAACAACAACAGCAGCAGCAACAACAACAACAUCAACAGCAGCAGCAACAACAGCAGCAACAACAACAACAGCAGCAGCAGCAACAGCAGCAACAGCAUCUAUCACACUCUCCUCAACAAACACCUUCAUCUUCUAGCCACCCAGUGUCAUCACAUCGCAGCAACCUGCAGCACUGGUUUAAUGGCCUCAACCGCAUCAUUGAUUCACUGAGUAUUCGCCCUGGCGACAUUUACAAUUCGCGCGUGCUCAACUUUAAAAUUGAUUCGAAAAAGUGUGUUGUUGUGCGGGGAGGAUCUGUGAUUGGCAUGCCCACUUCAUCUUCAUCUUCUUUCUUAUCUUCUUCCUCAAAAGCGUUUGCAUCUAUUUUUGAGUGUAUUUGUGCAGAUGGUUCAUGCAUGAAUCCAGUGGCUGCAGUUUCUGGUACUGGGUCGCGGUCACUUGGGUCAAUUCCUGGGGUCCAGUUGUUGGAUGCAGUUACAAGUCGAACAGCUAAGGAACAUGAGUCGCUUGAUUUUUUCCAAUGGCUUAAGCUUCACUUUGACCACCUUACCGACUCAAAGGCUAAUGGCUCAUGGCGUCUUCUCAUCACUGAGGAAGCAUCCUCUAUUGAUUUGUUCCCCUUUUUGUGGGCCUUCAAACACCGCAUUUUGCUGGUGACUGUGCCAGCCCCAAGUGCUCGAGCUAUUCAACCUAUUGAACGUGGGCAUUUGCUUGAUUCAUUAUGCAAGAGUCUUAAAAAUAGUCUUGCGGAUAUGGCUCAGUAUAAUAAAAGCCGCGAUAAUAGUGAGGCUUCUACUACUUCAGCUGCUGCUACUACCCCCACAUCAUCUUCAUCAGCCCAUUCUGCACCGUCUCCUGAAGCUAAUGGUGGUCGAUCACCAGCAUCCACCAGUCCACAGCUUCAAAACCUAGUGGUCAAUCUACGUUCUCCUUCAUCGUCAAAUGCUAUUGCAACUUCCUCUUCUUCUUCUUCUUUUUCUUGUGCAGCAUCCUCCUCAUCCCUUGUUUUGGAUUUGGCUGCGUUUCUUACAACAUAUGGUGUGAUUCAUGCACAGGCCUUUACUAACGAAAACAUUGUUGGUGGUUGGAAGCAAACAGGUAUUUUGCCUCGUAAUCCCAAUCUCGUGAUUGAUACGGUGACCAAGACCACAGGGCCUGAGAGUAUUAAGGAGGAACAAGUUUUGAUUGAUGUUUCUCCUGACUCUACUACGGCAAGUGAGCAAGCAUCAAAUGAAACCACAUUGUCUUCUUCUGAUGGUUUGGUGGAAUCUCUGGUGGACCACCACGGGUCGCCUUUCAGUGCCACAGAACUACUUGAGAGUGGCAUUGAGGCGUUGACCGACCAAAACCUGAAUGCCAAUGAACGGUCCCAAAAGUUGUUUUGGUUACUACAACGCGCUUUUGAUGGAGCUGUUGACCGGAAUCUGACUCGCCAUGCAGGUGCCUCAGCUGCUGCUUUACGCAACAUUCGUCGUAGCAGCAGCGGCAGUGUAUCCCAGUUUAUACUUGAGGGGGCCACUACUACUUCUCAUGAAGUCAAUGAUGCAGCUUCUGAUGACGUUUUUAUUUCACGGCAUGAGGUGCGCGGAGAUUCAUUGGUGAUGGAUCCCGAGUUUAAAAUCAAGACUGAGGAGCAUAGUGAUGAUGAUGACCAUCACCAUCAUCGUCGGGCCAGUGGACCGUCUUCAUCUAUAUUUUCUACUGAAAAUGGUGUCAAUGCCUCUGUUUCUACUGAUUCUGACAAGCCUGAGGAUGGGGUUGUUGAUAAUAAUAAUAAUGGAAACCAUGAAAAUAUAGAGGAGGAAGAGGAGAUGGAAGAAGAAGAGUCUAGUUUGAGUCGACACCGUGAAGAGCAACUGUUGCUACCUGAGCUAUCUGUUGAGUUGGCCACUAAAAUUCGACGAUACUUGCAUCCUAGUCGUCCAAGUCGACGGCGGGUAGUGUCAUCUUCUUCAGGAGAAUCAGUUUCUACUACCACUGUAGAUGAGGGCAUUGUUACUGUUGAGCAAGUUGUUACAGCAUUGCUACGAUUUAUUGAUGCUAGUGGUCAGAAUCAUUGA